CAGCUCAUUGCCCUCCUUUGUCAGUUUUGCCCCCAAAUGCUACAGAGGAGACACCAACAACAAGCAUCCUCUUUGGGAAUGAGACAGAGUCAGGGACACAGGGUGCAAAUGUCACUGGUGAGACCAGUCCAGCCGUCCCUGGUGGGACAGGCCCAGCUUCCCCAACGGUCCAGGGUGAGACGGGCCCAGGGGUUCAGGGUGAGACGGGCCCAGGGGUCCAGAGUGAGACAGCCCCACUCCAGGGUGAGACGGGCCCAACAGAACAGGGUGAGAUGGGCCCAUUCCAGGAAGAUACGGGCUCAACAGAACAGGGUGAGACUGCCCCACUCCAGGAUGGUAUGGGGUCACUGGCCCAAGGUGAGAUGGCCCCUCAAGUCCAGGGUGAGACGGGCCCACCUGUCCAGGGUGAGACAGGUCCACCUGUCCAGGGUGAGACGGGCCCACCUGUCCAGGGUGAGAUGACAUCUCCAGACCUGGUUGAGACGGCUCCAGUUCAGGCUGAGACAGCUCCACUUGAAGCUGAGACAGCCCCACUUGAGGCUGAGACAGCCCCACUUCAGGGUGAGACAACUCUGCCGGUCCAGGGUGAGACAACCCAGUCAGCCCAGGGUGAGACGACCCAGCCAUUCCAGGUGGAGACUGCCCCACUGCAGGGUGAGAUGGCUCCAGGUGAAGGUGAGACUGCCUCCCAGUUCCAGGGUGAGACAAACCAGGUUGAAACAGCACUACUCGAGGAGGAGACUGCCCCACUGCAGGGUGAGAUGGCUCCAGGUGAAGGUGAGACGGCCUCCCAGUUCCAGGGUGAGACAAACCAGGUUGAAACAGCACUACUCGAGGAGGAGACUGCCCCACUUCAGGGUGAGAUGGCUCCAGGUGAAGGUGAGACGGCCUCCGAGGUCCAGGGUGAGGCAGCUCCACCAAACCAGGUUGAAAUGGCACCAUUCGAAGAGGAGACAGAACCAGGCGAAAUUGAAAUGGGCCAACCACUCCAGAAUGAGAUGGCCCCAGGACAGGGUGAGAUGACUCCCCCAGAACAGGUGGAGACUGCCCCACUACAGGGUGAGAUGACUCCCCCAGGCCAGGCUGAAACUGCCCAAUUCCAAGGUGAGAUGGCCACACCAGUCCACGGUGAGACAUCUGCAGCUCAGGGUGAGACUGCCUCACCAAUCCAGGCCGGGAUGGCCCAACUCCAGAAUGAGGCAGCCCUAGUCCAAGAUGAGACAGCCCCAUUCCUGGGAGAGAUGGCCCCACUUCUAGGUGACAUGGCUCCACUUGAGGAGACCUCAGUACGCCCGAAUCCAGGAGAAUUGGAGUCUUCGACCACGAACCAACAGCCUGAGCAGGCCAAGGGUGUGCAGCAAGGCCGCAACCUUGGGCUGAUCAUCGCUUUACCUCUACUCCUGAUACUAGGCCUUAUUCUUUGCCUGCUUUACUGGCGAAAAUCGAAAGAGAAACAAUCUUCAUAGCUCAGCCUUUGAAAAUUCACCUUCUUAGCCGUCAAAGACAAGGGCCUCAAAAGAGAAAAAUAAUUAAAUACAUGUCUUGUUGUCUAAGUAUUUGACUCAAUCCUCUUGACUGAAUAAUACCUUGGGCUCCCCCAGAGGACAGAUCAAGAGAUGGGCUCCUGCCUCAGGGAGGAGGGUGAGGA